AAUCAGACAUGGGACUUCUGCUGAUCCUCCUCAGCUGUUUUGUUGCUCUGCUUGGAGGCCUGUACGUUCUCGGAGUUUUCCGAAAGCGGCGGCCGGGAGAGCCCCCUCUUGACAAGGGACUAAUUCCAUGGCUUGGCCAUGUCCUGGAAUUUCGCAGAGACACUUUAAAGUUCCUGGAGAGGAUGCAGAAGAAGCAUGGUGAUGUUUUCACAGUACAGCUGGGAGGAUAUUACUUCACAUUUCUGCAGGACCCACUUUCCUUUGGGGCUUUCGUUAAGGAGGCUCGAGAGAAGCUGGACUUUAAAAGCUUUGCCGAGCAGCUUGUUGAGAGGGUUUUUGGUUAUAAAGCAGUCGAGAAUGAUCAUAAUAUCCUGAUGAUUGCCAGCAACAAGCAUUUGAAAGGAGAAGGGUUGGAGUUAAUGACACAAUCCAUGAUGAGUAAUUUGCAAAACCUGAUGUUGCACAGUGUGGGCUCAGCUACAGAUCAGAGUCCCUGGAAGGAAGAUGGACUAUUCAUGUACAGCUACAACAUUGUUUUCAGAGCUGGUUAUUUGGCCUUAUAUGGAAAUGUGCCACACAAGUCUGAAGGAGGUGAGGAGAAAGCCAAAGAAAAGGACAGAACUCAUUCCGAAGCUUUGUUUUACGAAUUUCGUAAAUAUGACCAACUCUUCCCCAACCUGGCAUAUGGAGUUCUUCCACCAAAGCAGAAGUGGGAAGCUGACAGGCUGCAGUCCUUCUUCUGGGAUGCUGUGUCUGUGCAGAACAUGAAAGCCAGGGACAACAUUAGCCGCUGGGUGUGGGACAUGCAGCAGGCCAAAGAAGAGGUGGGGAUGAAUGAGUCGAUGAUCAACAGGUACAUGUUUGUGCUUCUCUGGGCCUCUCAGGGAAACACAGGACCCGCUUCGUUCUGGCUUCUCCUCUUCCUCCUGAAACACCCAGAGGCCAUGAAAGCAGUGAGAGAAGAGGUUGAUAAAGUUUUGAAAGAGUCAGGGCAGGAAGUCAGACGUGGCGGCCCCUUAGUAGACCUUACCCGUGAAAUGCUGCUGAAAACUCCCAUCCUGGACAGCGCUGUGGAAGAGACCCUGAGGCUCACAGCAGCGCCCCUUCUCACCAGGGCUGUGCUCGAGGAUAUGACUCUCAAGCUGGCUGAUGGGCGUCAAUACCUUGUCCGCAAGGGUGACAGGAUGUCCAUCUUUCCUUACUCAGCAGUCCACAUUGACCCAGAGAUCCAUCCUGACCCACACACAUUUAAAUAUGACCGUUUUCUGAACCCAGAUGGCAGCAAAAAAACAGAUUUUUUCAAAGGUGGUAAGAAAGUGAAGUACUACAACAUGCCGUGGGGUGCAGGGGUCUCCAUGUGUCCUGGGCGAUUUUUUGCCACCAAUGAGCUGAAACAGUUUGUGUUCCUCAUGUUGGUCUACUUUGAGUUUGAGCUGAAGAAUGCAGAUGAGGAGAUUCCUCAAAUUGACUUCAGACGUUGGGGAUUUGGAUCGAUGCAACCCAUCAGAGAUGUUCCGUUUAGAUACAGAUUAAGAUUUUAAAGAGAUUUCACUUCAAAUGCAGCAGUUGACUAUUGCGUAAUUAAAUAGCCUUACACUAAAAGCAUGGUCACCUUGUAAAAGCUGACAUAGAAUGUACUGAAAAUGUAUUAUGCUUUGCUGUAACACCAAACCUGUGAACAUACUCAAAUCAUUUAAAUAAAAUAUACUGUAUUAAUCCAAAGGAAAGUUAAAACAACAAAAACUCUGAUCUUUGCUCAUUUUUUUUCUUUAUGUUUAAACCUUUUUUCAACAUCGUUCCAUUUCAAAACGGAAAAUUGCUGAAUUAAGUAGAAUUUGUACAUUUAUUUGCAAUUCAGCAUUUAAUUAUGUUGUGAUAACGGUGAAAAAAUACUGUAAUUUUGUUUGUUUUUUCUGUGUUUUAUUCUCCAGAAUACUGAACUUCGCUGUCAAUUAUAAAACGCCACAUUGUGAAAAUGUAAAAAUGACAAAACUUAAACAAAAACAACAAACAUUAUAUUGAAGAAUGAAAGCCUUUUAUUUAAGGAUGCUUUUUCUUUUGGAAAUUAAAGAGAUGUCUUUCAUACUACUUACGUAACUGACUAUGUGAUGACGUUAGAUCUGGUUAAAGAUUAGAUUGACAAAUAAAGCUUUUAGUGAACAAAUGUUCUACUGUGUCACU